AUGGCAGAACCAAUUUGUGAGGCGAGCUGUAAAGACUCUGACCUAGAAAGGGAUGAAAAAUGUGGGACAGAGGAUCAAAAGAGGACUUGGAAGACCCCGACUCUGCAGGAGCUGGAGGAGGUUUUACAUUCAGCUCCACGCUCCUGUCGCCACGGAGAUGAGGUGUGGCCAAAUCUGUACCUGGGGGACAUGUUUAUGUCUCAUGACAAGCUCGGCCUCUGGCAGCUGGGCAUCACUUAUGUGCUGAACGCAGCACAUGGAAAACUGUGCUGUAAAGUCAGUGAUUACCCUGCUUCUGAGUUCAUACACCAGGCUUUGACAUCUGGAGGCAAGGUGUUUGUGCACUGUGCUGUGGGUGUGAGUCGCUCAGCUGCAUUAGUCCUAGCCUACCUGAUGAUUCAUCACCACCUCAGUCUUCUGUCCUCUACACGCUGUGUGCAACAGAAACGCUGGAUUUUCUCAAACAGAGGCUUUUUACGACAGCUUAUAGCCCUACUCCAAAAACUGCAGGACGAAGGGUUGAAUGAGCCAAAAUAA